AUGGAGCGUAGCCAUAGCCCAAAGAGGCGCAAACUGGCUGGCGACUUUCACCUUUCUGAAGCGGCCGACGAAGAUCUAGGACCCUCUUUCAAACCACAACAUCCCUCAAAGUCCCGUUUCUCCCGGCCGUCAGACCGGAGUCACAGUCGAGCGCCGAAACCCAAGUCUCAACCCCAUCAAGAAGAAUUCGAGGGCCCCGAGCCAUUUUUCAACGAUGAAGAUACCAACGCGUUGGACCGAGAUUGGUACGAAGGCGACGAAUUUGGCCAUGCCUUUGGCGACGAAACCCAUAAUCCCUUUGGCGGUACGGACGUAUCGUGGGCCGAUAGGCAACGCGAGCAAGCCCUGGCCGAUAAGAAACUUGGAAAACGGAUCACUGCGAAAGCGGCGCAAAAGCAGAAAGAGGUAGAUGCAUGGGAGGCGAAUCGUAUGGUCACGUCGGGCGUCGCGCAGAGACGAGAUCAAGGUCAGGACUUUGACGACGACGAGUCAGUCCGAGUCCAUUUGUUGGUGCACGAUUUGAAGCCACCGUUUCUGGACGGGAAAACCAUCUUCACAAAACAGCUGGAACCAGUCCCGGCGGUUCGCGAUGCCCAGAGUGAUAUGGCGGUCUUUGCCCGAAAAGGCAGCAAAGUCGUCAGGGAGCGGAGACAGCAAAAGGAACGCCAGAAGCAAGCACAAGAUGCCACCAAUGUCGCCGGCACGACCUUGGGAAAUAUCAUGGGGGUAAAAGAGGACGAAGGCGACAGUGCCGCAGCUGUGCCUGGGGAAGACACUGGCAAAAGCAAAUUCGCAAGUCAUCUCAAAAAGAGCGCAGGUACUUCAGCAUUUAGCAGAAGCAAGACUCUGAAGGAGCAAAGAGAAUAUCUGCCUGCUUUUGCCGUGAGAGAGGAGCUCAUGCGUGUGAUACGGGACAACCAGGUCAUUAUUGUGGUUGGGCAGACUGGCUCUGGCAAAACCACACAGUUGACACAGUUCCUCUAUGAGGAAGGCUACGGUAAACUAGGCUUGAUCGGCUGUACUCAACCUCGAAGAGUCGCGGCCAUGAGUGUGGCAAAGCGUGUCAGUGAAGAGAUGGAGGUCGAACUAGGCGGUUUGGUCGGCUACGCCAUUCGUUUUGAGGACUGUACCAGCGACGAGACGGUGAUCAAAUAUAUGACCGAUGGAGUAUUACUCCGAGAAUCAUUGACGCAAAGAGAUCUGGACAAAUAUUCAUGCAUCAUCAUGGAUGAGGCACAUGAGCGGGCGCUAAAUACAGAUGUCCUGAUGGGUUUGAUCAAAAAGGUACUCGCUCGACGCAGAGACCUCAAGCUAAUUGUCACUUCUGCCACCAUGAAUUCGGAACGUUUUUCACGCUUCUAUGGAGGGGCGCCCGAGUUCAUCAUUCCUGGCCGUACAUUUCCUGUUGAUAUCCAAUUCUCGCGUUCGCCGUGUGAAGACUACGUCGACAGCGCAGUCAAGCAAGUGUUGGCAAUUCAUGUCUCCCAGGGCCCUGGUGACAUUCUCGUCUUUAUGACCGGUCAAGAGGACAUUGAGGUGACUUGCGAGUUGAUAGAGGAGCGACUACGGCUGCUGGUGGAUCCCCCGAAGCUGUUGGUACUUCCCAUAUAUUCUCAAAUGCCCGCAGAUCUCCAGGCCAAGAUUUUUGAUCCUGCGCCUCCUGGGGUCCGUAAGGUUGUCGUUGCCACCAACAUUGCCGAAACUUCGCUGACAGUGGACGGAAUCAUGUACGUCGUGGAUGCCGGAUACUCGAAGUUGAAAGUCUACAACCCACGAAUGGGUAUGGACACGCUACAGAUCACGCCCAUCUCGCAAGCCAAUGCCUCUCAAAGAGCCGGGAGAGCGGGCCGCACAGGUCCAGGCAAGGCUUUUCAUCUUUUUACAGAAAGUGCUUUUAAAAAUGAGCUCUACAUCCAGACCAUUCCUGAAAUUCAACGCACCAACCUGGCGAACACGGUCCUCCUGCUCAAGUCACUCGGAGUCAAGGACCUGCUAGAGUUUGACUUUAUGGACCCGCCACCCCAAGAUACGAUCACCACCUCUCUUUUCGAUCUCUGGGCUUUGGGCGCUCUGGACCAUGUCGGCGAUCUGACAUCAAUUGGUCGAACCAUGACGGCGUUUCCUAUGGAUCCUUCUCUCGCCAAGAUGUUGAUUACAUCCUCCACGGAGUAUAGCUGCAGCGAGGAAAUGCUGACCAUCGUGAGCAUGCUUUCGGUGCCUUCCGUCUUCUACAGACCAAAGGAGAGGCAGGAGGAAGCCGACGCAGCACGAGAGAAAUUCUUCGUCCACGAGUCUGAUCAUCUGACAUUACUUCACGUAUAUACACAAUGGAGGAGCAACGGGUACAGCGAUGCAUGGUGUAUUCGACAUUUUCUUCACCCGAAAGCACUGCGACGGGCAAAAGAAAUACGAGAACAAUUGCACGAUAUCAUGGUCGGCCAGCAAAAGAUGGAAUUAGUCUCAUGUGGAACUGAUUGGGACGUGAUUCGAAAAUGCAUCUGCUCCGGUUACUAUCAUCAAGCCGCUCGUCGACGCGGCGUUGGAGAGUAUAUCAACCUACGAACCAGUGUGACCGUCCAGCUUCAUCCCACGUCCGCUCUCUACGGGCUGGGAGAUCCGCCUGACUAUGUUGUCUAUCACGAAUUGAUCCUGACAAGCAAGGAAUACAUGAGUUGUGUGACAGCAGUUGACCCUCACUGGCUUGCGGACCUUGGAGGUGUGUUUUACAGCCUGAAGUCAAAGGAAUACAGCGGAAGAGAAAAGCGGAUCAUCGAGAGCGAAUUCAAUCGCAAAAUGGAGAUCGAGAAGCAGAUGGCAGAGGAUCGUGCUAGGGAGGAAAAACGUCGCCAAGAAGAGGAGGAGAAAGAGAGGCUGCUGGCAGGGAGAACCAAGAGCAGUGGCGUCGUGGUGAAGAAGAUGGGCAGUCAUGGCGUGGUCAAGAAACCAGUAGUCCCUAGGCGUCGCAUGGGGUUUUGA